UACUCUAGAACUAAAGAAGAAAAAACCCCUAGAACCACACGCCUCCACCAUGAACGACACCACCAACGAUCACCCUACACCUCACCUCGAUGACGAUGAUGACGACAACGAUAACGACAACCCUUCUUCUCAGAUCAGCUAUCACCCUUCCAACGCCGCGCCCUCGCCCCACGCCCUCGCCGUCCUCGACUCUCACGCCCUCUAUGCCUCCGAUAUGCCUCCCGCCGACCAGCUCACCCUUUCCUUUCAGGGAGAAGUUUAUGUUUUCGACUCUGUUUCCCCUGAAAAGGUUCAGGCAGUUUUGUUGUUGUUGGGUGGGUAUGAAGUGCCCACCGGUAUUCCUACUCCGGGGAUGACACCUCAGAACCACAGGAACUUGGGUGAUUAUCCUGGAAGGUCAAGUCAGCCUCAGAGGGCUGCCUCUUUAAACCGGUUCAGAGAGAAGAGGAAAGAACGAUGUUUUGAAAAGAAGAUCCGUUAUACAGUUCGCAAAGAAGUUGCCCUCAGGAUGCAGCGCAAGAAAGGUCAGUUUAUGUCAUCAAAAUCAGUGCUUGACGAACCAGGCUCAUCUUCUGCGGAUUGGAAUGGUAAUUGUGGCCCGGAAGAGCAGGAAACCUCAUGUAUACAUUGUGGCAUCAGCUCAAAGUCCACCCCUAUGAUGCGACGUGGACCAGAUGGGCCAAAAACUUUGUGUAAUGCAUGUGGUCUCAAGUGGGCCAGCAAGGGAGUCUUGAGGGACCUGACAAAAGUUCCCAUUAUCAUGCAGCAGCAUCCUAUGAAGCUUGGCGGGGAAACUAAUGGAGAGGAUACAGGCGUGCCCCCUCCCAACGUGAUCACAUCUUCUAGUGGCGACAACUAGUCCUUGAGCCAUUGACUGCAAAUAAGAAGGCCAGUUGCAGUUCCUACAUCUGCUGUGGUGGUGAGCUCGAUUCACAACUUGAGAUAUAUUGCACAUAUACUGGCCCAGUGGAUAGGCAUGUAAUGCUGCUAAUCUGGAAUAUGCCAUUGAUUGUUCCAAGAAAUGGAUGCUGCUGCAAAACUCCAUUCUUUUUUAGAAAUUUGAACAAGAGAUGUAAAUAUCAAUAUGCAUAGGAAUGGUGAAAUUAAAGAUUGUUUGAAGAUAAUUAAGAAAUAUUUUUUAAGAUUUAGGUUGGUGUAUGUUUUUUGGUUA